GGAAUAAUAACUGGUAGUGUGAGACGUGUAUUCCCAGUAAUGGUGCAGAGUUCCUGCAAUAGGGUGUCCUCAAAGUGUAGGCCUCAGUCUGUGUGAAAUCACAUAAUGGGCGUCAACAUGUCUCUGCUGUUGCCUUUGCAAGUUGGUUGCGUGUGGGCACUGCGACGGCAUAUUGUGUGAAAUGAUACGUCAUGAUAAGUAUGUGGCUCAUUCGUCCCUUAGAUAUUUUUUAAGUCUGAAAAUCUAAGCACAUCUGCUAAUUACUGGUACUUUUCCUGGAUGUUUUUUUUCCUAAGUACCAAUCGGCUGUAAUUUUUUAUCCACAAAUCCACAUCCCGUGACAUCCCACACAUGUAAAACCUGUUUUUAGUAGUCGUAGUAUUUUUUAACUCUGUCCAUGUGACCCAACUUGUCAUUCACCAUCUCCAUGAUUAUUUUCCGUUCCUUUUAAAAAAAACUGACCCUUAUCUAGUGAUUGAUGUAAUAUUUGAACUCAACACAGUAGAAUCACCCAAAACGGUUCGUCUGUAGGGAGCACUAUAUCAUAGUAUGUCUUUCUUCUCAAUGAAGUGCGACUCAGUCUUGAUUUCGUUUAAGCCUCAUACAAAAACAAAAUAUUAUUAAAAAUGGGGACAAAAAAUAAAAUCGAUUGAAGUGCAAACAAGCAAGCAUUUAAAUCAUCUAAACUAAAUACGUUGCCUACAUUGUAUCACAGGUGGCACCACACGGAUAUGUUCCAGAAAUUACCCGUGUAAUGACAUCCCGUAAACACUAGCUGCCUUGGGCGACCUAGACCCUUUACAUGUGUAACACGUAUCCUUACCUUUGACAUCAUCUAUUUCUUCAUUAGAACACGAGAUAUAAGUAAACGAGUACACCGGCCUUCAAAUUUGUUGGCUGACGUCCAACAGUAUAUUUACCCCAUUCAUAGUGACAUUCACCUGGCAUUUUACAAAGAACAUUGGUGUUAAGUGUGACUGCUGGUUCCUACUUGGAAUGUUUAUGUGUAUAGAUUCAUUUUUGAAACGGAAAUUGCGGCGUAAGUUGGAAUGUCCUUUCGAACAUUUGCCAAACAUGUAGUCUUCAAGACUGCGAUAGUAUUUGUCAUCCUCACCUUAUGCCAGACCAAACCGAUUCGACACAAAAGAGAGGCAUUUUGUGACCCCGAAAAACACCUGUAUUAUGUUCAACAAAUCCAAGGUUGUAAGGAGUGUGACAAGUGUUGGCUUGGUGAGGAGCCAGACUUACAGGGAGCGGAUUUGGGAAUGGGUCUGAACGGCGCCACUAAAUGUCCGAAAUGUAGGAGUUGUAGUGAGGGUACCUAUAACCCUGAAAGAGAUAUCUCCUGGAAAUGCCAAACCUGUACCACGUGUUCCGAUGCGGGCAUGCAUGAAGACCAAGCAUGUACAAAGACACAAGACACACAAUGUAGCAACAACGUUCGGCAGGUUUCGAAAAGAUUGAUAACUUCAUCAGAUUCCUAUGAAUACGUACAAGUUGGACAAAAACAAAAAGAUGAAGACCAAAACAAAGAGAACGUGACCAAUGUUUCACUGUUAGUGGUGGUAACAGCAAUCGUGGUAGGGAUCUUAUGUGGCAUACUUUAUAAAAGAAAAAGCGUGCGGAGGUACUUUGGGAAACGAGAUGACUCAACGCCAGAUGAAAACAUGCCAUUAACGGAUACUGAAAAUGUACAAGAUAGCACCAAGGAAAAGUCUGAAAAUGCAGACGUGGGAGAUCCUGAAGAAGCAGACGACCUACCUAGAGAUAUACGUAAGAACGAGAAAUCACUACUGGUACCGAAGCGAACACGACAUGUAUCCUUUGGGAACUACGACAACACCGUUUGUGGAUUCGGCAAAUACGUUGAAAAGGACGGAGAAGAAACAUUAAAAAAGCCGAAUCCGGCAAUUAAGCGACAACUGUCACAUCCCGGUACAAAUAGAGAAGAAAAACACAUCCAAUACCUACUGGAAAAAGAAGACGAGAAAAAACGUCCAUCCGAACGCUUUGUAAGACAUUUGUCGAAGGUGCUCGCCCCUAAAAAAAGGUACACGAAGUUUGCUGAAUAUAUGGGUCUUGAAAAGUACCAAAUGGAGCUUCUAACUGAAGAUCAUGAACAACCUCACAGGAGUUUAAAUGCCGAGGAUAUGUCAUUUGAGUAUACCAAUAUGUCACUUCAGCGUAGGCAAAAGCUCACCCAUAGCGAUAUAUAUAAUGCUCUUAGAAAGCUAGGUUUUCACACAGAGCUAGAAAGUAUUUUGAAAAAGCGGCAGAGAUGUCGGAUAUAAAUAGGCUAUCACUGUGGUUAAUGACAAACUCCCGCAUAUAAUUCGUCGAUAGAAAUAAAAUUCACUUUAAUACAAUUUAGUGUUUCAUCAAUUAUCAAUCAAAGUUAACGUGGGAACCCUUUUAAUGUCCAACAUGUCUCAUAUGAAAGAACUACAUCUUUAUGUGCCUUAUACCAGCAAAUUUUCAAUGAGGCAAAUUAUAUUUUGGAAAAAUAAAUUGCUACUAUAUCGGUUUAUUUUGUAUCCGCUCUCAUCGUAUUUGAUUUGAACUCUUUUACCAUAUUCUAUUUCUGAGCAACAGAUUGGAAACGUUACAAUGUUUUAAAAAACUGAUGUAUUGCAAUCUGAAUAUUAUUUUGUAAUGUAAUCAUGAUGUUGCUCUUUGUUUUGCAAUCUUGUGUUUUAGUGUAUAAAUAUAGCAUAUUUAAACUUGAUUUACAAUUGUAUAUAAUUUUGUUAACAUCACCGAAAUUGGUUACUAAAAUCUACGCAUAGAAAUGCAUACACGAAUUAAUUCUUCUCUUGCCGAUUUGCUUAGUUACUUUCUUCAUAGGUUUCAGUGAUGAUGCAAUUCAUUGCUCGUAAACUAAUAUCAUAUAUUUUGUUUACACUGCUGUUUCCACAUGCGUAAAGUUGGCAUCAUAUCUUGCUACUAAUAGGAGAUUAGAUGCACAAAACUUUUAACACUUAAAUGUAUGUGUCCCCAAAUGUGUAAAGUUUUAAAACAUACCGAAGGUGUAAAAACUUACACGACAAACUGCAAUACAAUAUUGUGUUGUCAAAUGUGCAAAUGCUAACUGGAUGUAUUUCUGGUAAAUUGUGAUAAUAUUCUGACAAUAUCAAGAUCUAUUAAAGUAAUCAGAUGUUAUUAAUGUACAAAACAAACAAAGUAUAUGCAAAACUAAUCAGUAUAUAUUCCUAUUUAAUGAUAUCGCAAACUAUCUAGCACUACUUAUUAAAGGUAAACAAAGACUAUCUGUAUGGAAAACAUAUUACGAUAGUUAUACUGGAAGACAUUUGCUUCUUAAGGUGGAAAAAACUUGCAAAAUAAUUUGCAAAAACAUAAAACUAAAAUGUUGCUAAGUGUGCAAACGUUCAUAUAAUGUAUUAGCAGUUAUCAGGUGUUACAUAGCAUCCAAAAAUAGCAUGAUAUAUUAUUGAUAAAGAAAGAUUACUCUAUUAAAGAGAGACAUGAUAUAUGACAGGUAGAAUUUUGUUGCUAAAUGUGCAACAUCUAGCAUAUUGUUUUAUAUUUUAAUUGAGCAAAAUCACGUGAGUUUAAGUUGCUAAAAUGCCAAGCAAACCAUGAUGAAUAAACUGUAAUUGAUGAUACUGAAUAUUCACAUCUGACGCUAAAUAGUACAAUUGAAUAGUGUUACAAACCGGUAAAACAAUGAUACAAUGAUAUUAGCAUGAUAUAUAACUGGCUAAUGUAUAAUGUUAAAUGACAAAAAGGUAGCACGCUAUAUAACUGUUAACGUAUGUUUCCGAAUGUGUUUACACUUAUUAAACAAUAUAUAACAUGAAGAAACAUGCUUCCAAAUGAAUGGUAAUCGAAUGUUGCCAAAUGUGCAAAAAGCUAGCACGAUAUAUAACUGGUAAUCGUUUGCUGCCAAAUGUGCAAAAAGCUAGCACGAUAUAUAACUGGUAAUCGGGUGCUGCCGAAAGUAUAAAAAGCUAGCAUGAUAUAUAACUGGUAAUCGUUUGCUGCCGAAAGUAUAAAAAGCUAGCACAAGAUGGUACUGGUAAGCGCAAGUUGCAAAAUGUGCAAAAGCUGGCACGAUAUAUAACUGGUAACCGUAUGUUGCUAAAUGUGCCAAAAACUAACACGAUAUAUAAAUGGAAAGCAUAUGUUGCUAAAUAUGCAAAGCAAGCUCGAUACAUAACCUGUAAGCUUUAGUUGCCAUAUAUGCAAAAGCAAGCACGAUAUGUAACUGAUAAGUAAAUGUUGCUCAACGGGAACAAACGAUAUAUAACUGGUAAUAUAGGUGCGAUAUGUGCAAAAGCAAGUACGUAAUUCAACUGGAAAGUUUAUGUUACCACGGAUGUUAAAGCCAGCAGGAUAUAAAACUGGUAAUCGUAUGUUGCCUAAUGUGCAAAUACAAGCAGUAUAUAUAACUGGUAAGCGUGUGUUGCCAAAUGUGCAAAAAGAAGCAUGCUGCUAAGUGGAUAAGCGUUUGUUGCCAAGUGUGUAAAAAGCUAGCACUAUACAUAACUGGAAAGCGAAUGUUUUAAAAUGUGCAAAAGGCUAGAACGACAUUUAAAUGGUAAUCGUAUGUUGCCAAAUGUGCAAAAGCUGGCACGAAACACAACCGGUAACCAAAUGAUGGCAAAUGUGCAAAUACAAGAACGAUAUAUAAAUGGUAAUCGUACUUUGCCAAAAGUGCAAAAGCUGGCACGAAACAUAACUGGUAAUCGUAUGUUGCCAAAUGUGCAAAAGCUAGCACGAUAUUGAGCUGGUAAUCUAUGUUGCAGAAUUUGCAAAAAGCUUGCUCGAUGUAUAACUUGUCAGCGAAUGUUACUAACUUUGCAAAAGCACAGGACAUAAUACUUGUAGGCGUAUGUCGCCAACUGUGCAAAAAGGAAGCAUGACGCGUACAUGUAGCUGGUAAGCGUAUGUUGCCAAGUGGGCAAAAAGCUAGCACUAUACAUAACUGGAAGCAAAUGUUUUAGAAUGUGCAAAACGCUAGCACGAUAUAAAAAUGGUAAUCGUAUAUUGCCAAAUGUGCAAAAGCUGGCACGAAACGUAACUGGAAAUCGUAUGUUGCCAAAUGUGCAAAGAAAAGCACGAUAUGCAACUGCUAAGCGAAUGAUGUCAAAUGUGCAAAUAUAAGCACAAUAUAUAAAUGGUAAUCGUACGUUGCCAAAAGUGCAAAAGCUGGCACGAAACAUAGCUAGUAAUCGUAUGUUGCCAAAGUUGCUAAGAGCUAGCACGAUAUGUAUCCGAUACUCGUAUGUUGCCAAAUGUGCAAAAACUAGCACGAUAUUUAGCUGGUAAUCGUAUGUUGCCAAAUUUGCAAAGAGCUAGCACGAUAUUUAACUGGUUAUCGUAUGUUGCCAAAUGAGCAAAAAGCUUGCUCGAUGUAUAACUUGUCAGCGAAUGUUACUAACUUUGCAAAAGCACAGGACAUAUUUCUUGUAAGCGUAUGUUGCCAAAUGUGCAAAAAGGAAGCAUGAUGCGUACAUGUAGCUGGUAAGCGUAUGUUGCCAAGUUGGCAAAAAGCUAGUACUAUACAUAACUGGAAAGCGAAUGUUUUAGAAUGUGCAAAAGGCUAGCACGAUAUAUAAAUGGUAAUCUUAUGUUGCCAAACGCGCAAAAACUGGCACGAAACAUAACUGGAAAUCAUAUGUUGCCAAAUGUGCAAAAGGUAGCACGAUAUGUAACUGCUAAGCGAACGAUGUCAAAUGUGCAAAUACAAUCAUGAUAUAUAAAUGGUAAUCGUACGUUGCCAAAUGUGCGAAAGCUGAACGAAACAUAACUGGUAAUUGUAUGUUGCCAAAUGUGCAAAAAGCUUGCAAGAUAUGUAACCGGUAAGCGAAUGAUGUCAAAUGUGCAAACAGAAUCACGAUAUAUAAAUAGUAAUGGUAUAUUUGCAAAUGUGCAAAAGCCUGCACGACACAUAACUGGUAAUCGUAUGUUGCCAAAUGUGCGAAAAGCUUGCACGAUAUGUAACCGCUAAUCAUAUGUUGGCAAAUGUGCGAAAAGCUAGCACGAUAUUUAGCUGAUAAUAUAUGUUGCACAAUUUGCAAAAAACAAGCACGAUAAAUAACUGGUAUUCAAAAAUCUAGCACGAGACAUUACUGGUAAUCAUAUGUUGCCAAAUGUGCAAAUAAACUGGCCCGAUAUUAAACUUGUCAGCGAAUGUUACUAACCGUGCAAAAAACCCAGGAUAUAUUACCUGUAAGCAUGUUUUGCAAAAGCGCAAAAACGAUGCAUGGUAUGUAAAUGGUAAGCGUAUGUUUCCAAAUGAGCAAGAAGCUAGCACGAUAAAUAAAUGGUAAUCGUAUGUUAUCCAAUGUGCAAAAGCUAGCACGAAACAUAACUCGCAAUCGACUGUUGCCAAAUGUGCAAAAAGCUAUCACGAUAUGUAAUCGAUAAUCAUAUAUUGCCAAAAGUGCAAAAGGUAGCACCAUAUGUAACUGGUAGGUGAAUGCUGUCAGAUAUGCAAAUAUAAGCACGGUAUAUAAAUGGUAAUCGUAUGUUGCCAAAUGUGCAAAGAGCUAGAACGAUAUGAAACCGGUAAUCGUAUGUUGCCAAAAGUACAAAAGCUAGCACGAUAUUUAGCUGGUAAUAUAUAUUGCACAAUUUGCCGAAAGCAAGCACGAUAUAUAACUGGUAUUCAAAAAUCUAGCACGAGCAUUACUGGUAAUCAUAUGUUGCCAAAUGUGCAAAUAAACUGGCUCGAUAUAAAACUUGUCAGCGAAUGUUACUAACUGUGCAAAAAACAGGAUAUAUUACUUGUAAGCAUGUUUUGCAAAACGCAAAAACGAUGCAUGGUAUGUAAAUGGUAAGCGUAUGUUGCCAAAUGAGCAAAAGCUAGCACGAUAUUGAGCUGGUAAUCUAUGUUGCAAAAUUUGCAAAAAGCUUGCUCGAUGUAUAACUUGUCAGCGAAUGUUACUAACUUUGCAAAAGCACAGGACAUAAUACCUGUAGGCGUAUGUUGCCAACUGUGCAAAAAGGAAGCAUGACGCGUACAUGUAGCUGGUAAGCGUGUGUUGCCAAGUGGGCAAAAAGCUAGCACUAUACAUAAAUGGAAGCAAAUGUUUUAGAAUAUGCAAAAGGCUAGCACGAUAUAUAAAUGGUAAUCGUAUGUUGCCAAAUGUGCAAAAGCUGGCACGAAACAUAACUGGAAAUCGUAUGUUGCCAAAUGUGCAAAGAAAAGCACGAUAUGCAACUGCUAAGCGAAUGAUGUCAAAUGUGCAAAUAUAAGCACGAUAUAUAAAUGGAAAUCGUACUAUGCCAAAAGUGCAAAAGCUGGCACGAAACAUAACUAGUAAUCGUAUGUUGCCAAAUUUGCAAAGAGCUAGCACGAUAUGUAUCCGAUAAUCGUAUGUUGCCAAAUGUGCAAAACCUAGCACGAUAUUUAGCUGGUAAUCUAUGGAGCAAAAUAAGCAAAAAGCUAGCACGAUAUGUAUUAACUGGAAAUCGUAUGUUGCCAAAUUUGCAAAGAGCUAGCACGAUAUUUAACUGGUUAUCGUAUAUAUGUUGCCAAAUGAGCAAAAAGCUUGCUCGAUGUAUAACUUGUCAGCGAAUGUUACUAACUUUGCAAAAGCACAGGACAUAAUACUUGUAGGCGUAUGUUGCCAACUGUGCAAAAAGGAAGCAUGACGCGUACAUGUAGCUGGUAAGCGUAUGUUGCCAAGUGGGCAAAAAGCUAGCACUAUACAUAACUGGAAGCAAAUGUUUUAGAAUGUGCAAAAGGCUAGCACGAUAUAUAAAUGGUAAUCGUAUAUUGCCAAAUGUGCAAAAGCUGGCACGAAACGUAACUGGAAAUCGUAUGUUGCCAAAUGUGCAAAGAAAAGCACGAUAUGCAACUGCUAAGCGAAUGAUGUCAAAUGUGCAAAUAUAACCACAAUAUAUAAAUGGUAAUCGUACGUUGCCAAAAGUGCAAAAGCUGGCACGAAACAUAGCUAGUAAUCGUAUGUUGCCAAAUUUGCUAAGAGCUAGCACGAUAUGUAUCCGAUAAUCGUAUGUUGCCAAAUGUGCAAAAACUAGCACGAUAUUUAGCUGGUAAUCGUAUGUUGCCAAAUUUGCAAAGAGCUAGCACGAUAUUUAACUGGUUAUCGUAUGUUGCCAAAUGAGCAAAAAGGCAGCAUGACGCGUACAUGUAGCUGGUAAGCGUGUGUUGCCAAGUGGGCAAAAAGCUUGUACUAUACAUAACUGGAAAGCGAAUGUUUUAGAAUGUGCAAAAGGCUAGCACGAUAUAUAAAUGGUAAUCUUAUGUUGCCAAAUGUGCAAAAGGUAGCACGAUAUGUAAUAGCUAAGCGAACGAUGUUAAAUGUGCAAACACAAUCAUGAUAUAUAAAUGGUAAUCGUACGUUGCCAAAUGUGCAAAAAGCUUGCACGAUAUGAAACCGGUAAUCAUAUGUUGCCAAAAGUACAAAAGCUAGCACGAUAUCUAGCUGGUAUUCAAAAAUCUAUCACGAGACAUUACUCGUAAUCAUAUGUUGCCAAAUGUGCAAAUAAACUGACUCGAUAUAAAACUUGUCAGCGAAUGUUACUAACUGUGCAAACAAUAGCAUAUUUUACUUGUAAGCGUGUUUUGCAAAAGCGUAAAAACGAUGCAUGGUAUGUAAAUGGUAAGCGUAUGUUUCCAAAUGAGUAAGAAGCUAGCACGAUAUAUAACUUGUAAUCGUUUGUUGCUAAAUAUGCAAAAAGCUAGCACGAUAUAUAACUAGAAAGCGAAUGUUGCAAUAUCAGCAAAUAGCUAGGUUACUAAAAGUGCAAAAAAUAGCAUGAUAUAUAAAUGGUAAUCGUAUGAUACCAAAAGUGUCAAAGCAAGCAUGAUGUAUAACUGGUAAGUGUAUGUUGCCUAAAGUGCGAAAAGCUAGCACAAUAUCUAACUGGUUAGCGAAUGGUACGAAAUGAGCAAAAAAACACGUGUUUUACUGGUAAUCGUAUGUUGCCAAAAGCGCAAAAAGCUUGCCUGAUAUAAAGCUGGUAGGCGUUUGUUGCAAAAUGCGCAAAUAGCAAGCACUCUUUUUAACUGGUAAGCGUAUGUUGUCAAAUGUGCAAAGAACAAGCGUGAUAUUUAGCUGCUUAGCGUUGGUUCCAAUAUGUGCAAAAGCAAGCAGGAUACAUGUCUGUAUCUUGUUAGCGUGUGUUGAUAAAUUUAAAAAAAGCAAGCAGGGUAUUUAUCUAUUAAGCGUUAGUUAUUAAACGUAACAAAGCAAAAAAGAAAAAAAAAAGAAAAAAAAAAAAGCAUUUCGUGAUGACGAUGUGUUCCCUAUUAAGUGUUGGUUAUUUAAUAGCUUCAUGAUUGUUAUACAUUUUAUUGUAUGGCAUAUCAAUACGUUUUCAUUAGUCUUAUAGUGCCUAUGUUUGUCCUGAUUUUAAGAUAUCGUUCUGUAUAUGUGUUGCCUAUGUCUUGAGUGUAACUUUGUAUAAGUUGAAUCGGACAUUUGUUUUAAAACGGUUUCAACUUAUACUAGCUGAUAUGUCGUUGUUGAAAAUCCCUUUUUUUAUUUUUGGCGUUUGAAAUAAAAAU